CGGAAAACCCCACGCUCGUCUUCAUUCUCCGCAGUCUUCCCGCCCUCCUCCCUCCUCCCCUCUCCCCCGCCUAGGGUUCCAUGGAGCCAGCCGCCGUCUCCGCCUCAGCCUCCUCCUCCGCGGACGGGGGCGCCUUCCUCGAGUUCGUAGACUACGCCAUCUCCGUCCUCACCUCCUCCGGGGGCGACGGCGAUGAGUCCCCCGGCGCGGGGCCGGCGCCGGCGGGGCCGCCCUGGGGGUGGACGGUGGCGCAGGUGCUCAAGUCCUGCCGCGCCUACUCCAGCGGCGUCACCGCCGCCACCCUCCUCUCCGACCUCUUCCAGUCCUGGACAGAGCAGCGUAAAUCUCUUACCGCAAAGAGGAAGGUUGAAGUGACCAGCCUUCUAAACCCAAGGAGUAAGAGAAGGAGGCUUCCCAGGACUGUCACAAUCGAUUCUAUCCAUGAGAAGAACUUCCUUUCUCCCAAGAGUGUCCUUGAGGCAGUCGUCAUCGAUGUUUUCGUUCUUCCUGGUACAAAUAUAUACAUGCUUACCUUGGGAGACAUGUGGAGUACGUCCACUAUUGAUCUGUAUCUACACCGAAGGUAUUACAACUAUAUAGGACAGCAUUGUAUCUUGAAGAAGGGUCGAGAAGUUGUGCUCACAGGAUGCUGUCUUCGUACAGCUGUAGAGGGAUCUGGCCAUGCUCGUAUUUUGCCAACAGAAUACAUGGUGAUAUUGCUUGAUGAGGAACAAGAUGAAGAUGCCAUGCUACUUGCUGCACAGUUUUGCACAUAUUCGUUUUCUUCUUUGAAGGAAGAGAAAAGUAGAAAUGAUGUUGUAUACUCAUUUUAUUCCAGGAUUGAGAAGAUUGAGACCUUGGAGCCUUUUGGAUGUACAGAAAGAAAGCAGAUUGUGCUUGUAGAUAAUGAUGAUGAGAAGAUCAAAUUUAUUUUAUGGGGAGAGCAGGUUUCACUUGCAAAUCUUUUCAGUGUAGGGAGCAUGCUUGCAUUGGACAGCCCUUAUAUUGGCAAUUUUGCGCCCAAUAAUCACGAGGAGCCUCAAGAAUUGUGCCUUGAGUAUGGUAGCGCAACACAGGUUUACCUGGUGCCAAUUGCUCAACAUGAGGAACAGGUAUUCCUCACACCUACUCAAGUAAGGAGCCAAGGACCUCGGCUGUCAUGUGUUCCAGUUGAUAAUAUGGCUUCGCAAGUAACAUUACCACGUGACUUGCAUGGUGCAGUUGACUUCAGCAAAUAUCCUUUUCGAGCCUAUGUAAGUGAUCUUCAUGGUAAAAUGGUGGGAGUUAGUCUCUUUGGCACUGUAACAAGUGUUCGCAAAGUAAGCACGUCUGGGACUACAUUCUAUUUGGAGAUAGAAGAUGCAACAGGAGUUGUUCUGACGAAGCUUAUCUUUACUAGACACUGGUCAUUAGGUAGAGUUGGAGUUGGUCAUAUGGUGUACAUCUCUGGUCUGACUUGUAGUUUGAAUAAAACAAACAUUCUUGAAGUCUCAUGGAGCGAAAAGGAGCCAGGAUCGCUGUUUGUUAACUUGAGCUUGCUGCCAGCGUUGUUGAAUUCAACAUGCCUGCAUAAUAUAUCACUCUUGUCAGAUCUGCCCCAUUCAGCAAACAGAACACAUAUAUGCCGUGUUCAACUUGACCACAUCGAUUGUGACAGUUUAAAGCUGUUGCUAUUCCACAAUCUCUGUGGUUAUGUCGUGGAUGAACAGCCAGAUGGCCUUCAGUGUCCCUUCUGUAAAGUGGCCUGCCAGAAUGGAUGCACGCCUGGCUUUCAGUUGCACUUGACAAUUGCAGACGACAGCGAGAAGGUCUUUGCAUGGUGUGUUGGUCAAACGGCUGUAGAGUUCCUUCAAAUAUCCCCUGAAGAGUAUAUGGAACUCCCUGAGGACGACCAGGCGAUGUAUCUCUUCACUUUCCAGAACGAGAGCUUCACGGUCGCCAUCGCCAACACCAGCAAGCGGUUCGAUGGGUACGCUGAGAACGCCGAGGCCCUCCCUCUGUGGGAAAUCACGAGAGCCCAGAGAUGCGAAUGACGAAAUAUUUGUGUUGCAAAGUUAGCCAUCGAACCUAUUUGGGAGGCCCGGGAGUCGGGAUCAUGGGCUCAUGGCCUUGCCCGUUAUGGUCUUCCCUCGAGCAUGUUAUGUAAGCAGAGUGUUCACGCAUCUGCCGCUGGGAGGCAUUGCGUUUUACAUCCUUGACGAACAUUUUGUUUACUAAUGGUCCUCUGCUCGGAUGGCGUGCAGUUCACUCUGGCAAAAUAUGUGAUUAGCUUUUUCGUGA